AUGAAUAUUGAAAGAACUCUUUCCAUCAUCAAACCAGAUGUUACCAAAAAAAAUCAAAUUGGUGAAAUUAUUAAUGUUUUUGAAAAAAGGGGACUAAGCAUAGUCGGAAUGAAAAUGAUUCGUUUAACUCCUCAAUUAGCCGAAACUUUUUAUCAGGAGCAUAAUACCAAAUCAUUUUUUAAAGGAAUGACCGAAUUUAUGUGCAGUUCACCCGUAGUAGUAAUUUGUUUGAAGGGAGAAAAUGCCAUCAAACUUAAUCGGGAAAUUAUGGGAGCCACUGACCCCCAAGAAGCCAAAGUGGGAACCAUUAGAAGAACUUAUGGCGAAAGUAUUGACAACGCUAAUGCAGUUCAUGGUUCCGAUAGUCCCCAAGCAGCAGAAAGGGAAAUAAAAUUAUUUUUUCAAGAAGAGGAAAUUUUUUUUUAA